AUGACGGCCCCAGAACCCUCCGCCGACGAUGCAGCCGGCCUCAGAACCCGCAACCGCAACCAGCGCCGGCGCUCAUCCUCCUCCGGACACGACCUCCUCUCAGCAGUAGAAUCCAAAGCCGCCCUCCUCGAACGCAAAGUCGAAAAGGCCCUCCUCGUCCUCUGGGACGACCUACCCCCCUGGCGCCGCGACAACCAGUUCAUCAUCACGGGCUACCGGCCCGACUCCCACUCGUACCUCGCCUCCUUCCGGUCCCUGGGCUACCUGCACAACGAGUCCGUAAACAUCUGGUCCCACCUCCUCGGCGCCGUCGCCUUCUCCGUCGCCGGCGCCUUUCUCUACGCCGUCAUCGCGCCCCGCUACGAUUCGGCCACCUCGGUCGACAUGCUCGUCUUUGGCUGCUUCUUUGCCGGCGCCGUCGCCUGCCUCGGCAUGAGCGCCGCCUACCACGCCAUGUGCAACCACUCCCCCGAGGUCGCGAAAUGGGGCAACAAGCUGGAUUACUCGGGAAUCGUGUUCCUCAUUGUCGGGAGUUAUGUGCCUGCCAUGUACUACGGCUUCUACUGCCACCCGGCCUUGCUCAAGUUCUACCUCACAACGAUCAACGUCCUAGGCCUAGGCUGCGGUGCCGUCUCCUGGAUCGAAUUCUUCCGCGCCCCGGAAUGGCGCACCUUCAGGGCUUGCAUGUUCACCGCCCUCGGCACCUCGGGCGUCGUCCCCGUCCUCCACGGCGUGACCAUUUACGGCCGCGAGGAGAUGGAGAACCGCAUGAGCCUCAGCUGGGUCGUCCUGCACGGUGUCAUGUACAUCUCGGGCGCCUUUUUGUACGCAUUUCGCUGGCCGGAGCGCUCGUUCCCGCGCACCUUUGACAUUUGGGGCAGCUCACACCAAAUCUUCCACUUCUUCGUCGUCAUGGCCGCCGUGACGCACUUGUACGGCAUGGCCAAGGCGUUUGAUUAUCAUCAUACUGUCACGGGAGGGAAGUGCCUGUAA